AUUAUUGAUUCCUGCGUUCACAUUUUGCAUAGUAAUGACAGAUUGGAAGCAAUUAGUGAUGAGUCUGCUAUAACCAGAAGUCAAACUAAUUCAGAAGUCAAACUCACUUCGUAAGCAAGUAAAAUGGCAGAGGAAGACAGAACUAAGGAGGAUGUUGCCAGAGAAAACAGAACCAAGGAGGAUGUUACCAAAGAAGAUGUUGACAUUGAAAUGGUGAUGGAUAUUGUUGAUGGAAAACUGGUGUAUUGCUGUCCAAGAUGUGAUUACAGUUCUCAAAGUAAUGGACAUCUUCAAAAACAUCUGAAGUCUCACAAAACAUCAUAUGUCCCAGAGAAAUGUGUGAUCCACCAUCCAUGUACAAAGUGUGCCCAGAGCUUCUCUGAUGAAGGUCAACUUUUCAAGCACUUUUUGCGAAGUCACACAGAAAAAAGAAAAAAGCCAGAAAAGGAAAAGACAAUAAAGAUAAAACUUGUAAAUGAAUAUCCAGUGAAGAAGAAACCUGGAAAGAAGAAGGCACCUAAGGAAAGAACAGUCAAGGAAAAACCAGUGAAGGAAAAGCCAAUAAAGGAAAAGACACCUAAGGAAAAGCCAAUAAAGGAAAAACCAGUUCAGGAAAGUCCAGUUAAUGAUCUCCCAUUAGGGGAAAGACGUGCAAAACUUAAAGCAAAAGAAUUAGUGAAAGAAAAGCAACUGGUGAAAAAUGUAUGGAAGGAACAAUAUAGUAAGAAUAAACCAGUGCCAUUGACUGACAAACAAGGAAGUGAAGAACAAAUGAAGAACUCAGAAAAGGAAUAUAAAUGUAAAAUUUGUAACUUGACAUUUGAAAACAAGUUGGCUUUGAUCAGUCAUCAAGGACAUCAUAAGCGGAAAUUUCCCCGGAAGUUGAACCGUAAUGAGUUGAGUUCUGCCCCUCAUGCCUGCCCUGUCUGUAACAAGGUAUAUAGCUCAUCUGCCAAUUGUCGCAGGCAUAUAAGGGAACAUACUGGUGAAAAGAAGUACAAGUGUGAUUACUGCGAUAUGAGAUUUCUGUACCACACAAGUCGCAGAGUCCACAUAUUGCAUCAUCACACCAAAGAGAGGCCAUUCUCAUGUGACAUUUGCGGGAAAACAUUCACCACGAGGUCUGACGUUACAAGGCAUAAAACAGUCCAUUCAAAUGAAAAGCCAGUGAAGUGUGACCUGUGUGGUAAAGGAUUUAAGACUAGAGUCAUGAUGAGGUCACAUAGAGAUUCCCAUAGUAACAUCAAGAGGAAAACAUGCACAGUCUGUAACAAGAUGUUCAGGACUAAGGCAAACCUGAUGUCUCAUAUGAAUACUCACAGAGAGAGAACAUUUGAAUGUGAGUAUUGCCGGAAAGCCUUCAAAACAGAUACUGCUCUGAAGAUGCAUAUCAACAUACACACAGAAGAAAUAAAGUACAAAUGCAACAUAUGUAGUAAAGGUUUCAACCAUUAUGCAAAUCUACGUCGACAUCAAGUCACUGUUCACUCCACCACAUUGCGGUUUGUUUGCGGCACAUGUGGAAAGGGAUUUAAACACCGCAUCAGCUAUAUGUAUCAUUUCCGCACACACAAUGAAGUUCCUGAUAGCGUCCAAUGUGAAAAGUGCCAUGUUAAAUUCUCUUCUAAAGGUAAUUAUACGAGACAUAAAUGCAGAGGAUGGUUGCUACGUACAGAGGAGGUUGACUCCCAGGGGGCCAUGGUAUCUAUGCAGGGAAUAUAUGUAAACCUAGAGACAUUGGAUACAAAGCUAGGAUCUGCAUAUGUGGCUUUGGAUGAUAUAUGUGAUGUAAUAGAUAAAAAUGACAUCACAAGCGGUAAUGUCUACAUUGUUAAUGAUGUCAUAGAAGACUCAAAUACAGACACUGACUUUUUCUCUGAUGAUCCCUUGACAAAUAAUGAUUCGAAAAGUUGGUUUAAACCUAAAAAUUAUAAGGUAAAACUAGACCAGAUUAAAAAUCCCAAUGAAAAUGCAAAUAAUCCAAAUAAAAGUGUGAACUAUCCCAAUGAUGCAAUGGAUGAUCCCAAUGAUAGUGUGGAAAAUCCCAAUAAUAGUGUGGACAGUCCUAGCAAAAGUGAGGAGAAUCCCAAUGAUAUUGUGGACAAUCUCAAUAAUAGUGUGGACAGUCCUAGCAAAAGAGAGGAGAAUCCCAAUGAUAUUGUGGACAAUCCCAAUAAUAGUGUGGACAGUCCUAGCAAAAGUGAGGAGAAUCCCAAUGAUAUUGUGGACAAUCCCAAUAAUAGUGUGGACAGUCCUAGCAAAAGUGAGGAGAAUCCCAAUGAUAUUGUGGACAAUCCCCAUAAUAGUGUGGACAGUACUAGCAAUAACGAGAUGAAUCCCAAUGAUAGUGUGGACAUUCCAAAUGAUAGUAUAGGUGGCUCUGGUGACCCUAUACCAAUAGCUAAUCAAAACAAUAGUAUAGAUAAUCCAAACAUCAGUGUGCCAAAUGACCAUGUAUAUGACUCCAAUGAUAGUAUGGAUUAUUCUGUUGAGAAUAUGGAUGAAGAAUCAGGUACUAUCAAAAUGGAAGGUGAGACUUCUAGUCAUAAGUCAAGUGAACUGACCAAUGCAAUAUUUGAUGAAUCUCAUGAUUCUGACGUGGUGCCAAUUUUUACACAGCAGACAGAACCAAAGUGUGAGACAAUCACAAAUGAAUCAGGGGAAACUGAAAUGAAACUUGAUGCUCUAAUGAAAGAGUCCAGUGAUUUACCAAAUGACCCAUUAAUGAGUAAAACAGAAAACACUAAUCAACUUGAUGACACAAUAAUUGGUAAAACAGAAAAUACUAAUCUGCCAGAUGACACAAUUAUGAAUGAAAUAGAAAAUACUGGUCUAGCAAAUGAUCAUAAAGAUGCUGAAACAGAAAAUGAUGGGCCACAGGACAAAGAGUCUAAGAAAGAUAUAAUUGAUAAUGCUGAAUUGAUAAAUGAUAUCACUGCCAAGCGUAAUGUAGAGUUCACGAAAGGCAAUCCAUUGGGACAUAACGAUCCUGUUCUUCCUAAUGGUGUUGGAGAUGGGAAAACUGAUGUUGAAUAUGAGCAAAAUAGAGAAAAUAAUACUGCAAUUUAA